ACCGGGAGAGAAAGUAGGAGCGUGUGAGAGAGGAGAGCUCCACAGUUGCCCUUGGCAGCGCAGCCUCAUUCCUGCACAGUCGGGCUUUAGUCCGGUGGUUGCGAGCGCCUCUCGCCUCGCACCAAUUAACGUCGGCAGCCAUUUAAAUUAGUUUGGCCCGUCAGAUCCAGAAGCGCGCGCGCCUCCACUUUGCGCUGUCACUUUAGUUCUCCCGCGCGCCCCAAUUUCCCCUCCGGGGUGUGAUGAAGAGAAACGCGGCGGCGGCGGCAAGUUGAUUCCGGCGCGGCGGCUUCACUCACAGGUGCGCUAAAAGCAGCGGCGGUAAUUAGCCUCGAGGACGGACGGGAUGGAAGCGCACGCGGGGAACGAGAGCGCGCUGGAAGCGCUGGCCGGCUGCGGGGAGCCGGGGAACAUCAGCGUGGAACUUAUGGACCGUAACGCGAGCUGCUCCAACAACUCCCUACUUAACAGACCUGGCACCAGAACCCGAGCAGAGAUGGACUCCUUCCGCAUCCUGCUCUACUCGCUCAUCUUCCUGCUCAGCGUCUUCGGCAACCUGCUGAUCAUCGUGGUCCUGACGCUGAACAAGCGCAUGCGGACCGUCACCAACUCGUUCCUGCUGUCGCUGGCGGUCAGCGACCUGAUGAUGGCCGUCUUCUGCAUGCCCUUCACGCUCAUCCCGAACAUCCUGGAGGACUUCAUCUUCGGGGCCACCAUGUGCAAGAUAUUCAACUACCUGAUGGGCGUCUCCGUCAGCAUCUCCACCUUCAGCCUGGUGGCCAUCGCCAUCGAGAGGUACAGCGCCAUCUGCAACCCCCUGAAGUCGCGCGCGUGGCAGACCCGCUCCCACGCCUACCGCGUCAUCGCCGCCACCUGGAUGGUGUCGCUGCUCGUCAUGGUGCCCUAUCCCGUCUUCAGCGCCCUCAAGUCCUUCCCGAAGCUCAACGGGACCGUGGCCCACAUGUGCCGCCUGGACUGGCCCAGCGGGCAAGCCGAGCAGACCUGGUACGUCCUGCUGCUGUUCAUUCUCUUCUUCAUCCCGGGCGUGGUGAUGAUCGUAGCCUACGGUCUGAUCUCCAGGGAGCUCUACCGAGGCAUUCAGUUCGAGCUGAGCCAGAACAAAGAGACCACUGGCCAGAAGAACGGCGCGGGCAGGGCCAUUCCAGCGCCAAACGACGACGACGACGGCUGCUACAUCCAGGUCUCCAAAAAGCCCUCGUUCGCCGUGGAGCUACCCACCAUCUCGUCCUCCACCACCGCCAUCCUGAACAAGACUGAGCGCGCCCGUAGCAACACCUCCGAAGCCAAGCUCCAAGCCAAGAGGCGAGUCAUCCGCAUGCUGAUGGUGAUCGUAGCCCUCUUCUUCAUCUGCUGGAUGCCCGUGUAUUCGGUCAACACCUGGAAGGCCUUCGACUUCAAGUCGGCUUUCAAAGCCCUCACCGGCGCCCCCAUCUCCUUCAUCCACCUGCUGUCCUACACGUCGGCCUGCGUCAACCCCAUCAUCUACUGCUUCAUGAACACGCGCUUCCGCAAGGCGCUGCUGUCCACCUUCGGCUGCUGCUGCCGCAACCGCCUUUGCCGCCGGAUAGGGUGGCGCCGGAGGAGGGAGGGGGAAGACGGCAUCAACGCCGCCUCCAUGGCCACGUCGAUGGUGACCUCCAUGUCCAAGUUCAGCUACACCACCGUCAGCACCACCGGCACCUGCUGAGCCCAAGGAAGAGCGAGGCGGUCGCAUCGGAGGCCCGUCAUCAUCCGUCGAUGCCGAGUGCACCCUCUGCCCCCCCCCCCCUCCCAUCUUCUGUUUGUCAGUCCUCAUCCUAAUAUGCUGUGAGUCAUGAGCUGAGUAAUAUUUAUGUCCUCAUUUAAAGGCCUCCCAAAAAGGUCCUGCUCAAAUUCUGUGUGCAUGAUUGCAGAAAGCACAGCGUAGAAAGCGCCGUUUCGAUGUGGUGACAUUCUUUUACCUCUUUUUUUUUUUUUUAUUGGCAGCAACCGCCUUAUUGCAUCCAAAAGAGAACAUCAAGUGCCUGUGCUCUGGUAGCUUUGUCUGUCAUGGAUCUGUGUUCAACUUGCUAGAAACGGCCUUCUUGGU